AUGCGGUCCUCUCAGCUCAUCGCUCUGUCCGGACUUGUCCUCUCCGGCGCCAAUGCCCAGCAGUACGAGGCCAAUAUUGCCUUUGCCCUUGACUCCGACAGCUGCGGCGACGGCUUCUACGUCGGCUGCUCGGUCAACGCGGGCGAUUGCUGCACCCUGGCCUCGGGCUUCGGAGAGGCCAAGUCCGUCUGGUUCAUCCUCGGUGACCAAUCCCCCAAUGUCACCGGCAAGGUCUACACCGGCGGCGAUUGCCUCGAGGAGAACUUCAUUGGCGAGCAGGCUAGCGGCGAGCUCAACAACUUUUGCUAUGCCAAGCCGGCCGCGGUUCCUGGAAGCGCCCACUACUUCCCCAACGGCGUUACCCGUGUGGCUCAGCCAGGUGUCGUUGGUGGUGGCAGUGUCGUCAGGAAGAGCGCCAAGGAGUGCCGCUCCCCCGACCACCUCGUCUUCCCCGGCGGCGCUCGCGCCAACAUCGAGGGUCUCGCCGAGAGAGACUAUAAGGAAAUGUGA